UAGCUGUACCGGACUUGAUGGACGCUUGUAAAGACAGCGAUAUGCUCAUUUUUGUCAUACCGCAUCAGUUUGUAGAGAAUGUUUGUAAUCAGUUAAAAGGUCAUCUCAGAGAAGAUGUUCUUGCUGUUUCACUUAUCAAGGGUUUUAUGAUUCAGAAAAAGAAAGGCGGAAUUCGUUUGGUGACUGAAGAAAUCCGCAGUUUGUUAAAUAUUGAUACAGCAGUUUUAAUGGGUGCAAAUUUGGCUCAGGAAGUUGCAAAUGAGGAUUUCUGUGAAGCGACUAUUGGUAUGUUCAGUAGGAAAGUUGUACAAUGCACCUUCGCGUAUAAUGGUAAUUAUAUCAGCAUCAUCCGGACGGUCGGUGUGGGAAUCCUGCGUGCCUACUCUUCAUAAGC